AUGCUCACCGAGGCGCGUCAAACGCACGAUCAUGCCUGGAUGAAGAGCAUUGAGCACGAUUAUGCGGGCGAGUUUGAAAACGCAAGGGCUCAGUUGGAUUUCGACCUAGGAAAGACGAAAAUACCACCGGGCCUGCGUGAGGACUUUAUGCAGCGUAAGCGUGCGUCUCGGCAGCAACGGCAACACCACGAAUACUUUGGGGACGCUGCUGCGACAGUCUCGAAACCACGUAGGUCAAGGUGGCGUGUCAUCGGACUUUGGUUCCUCUUUGGAGGCGGAGCCCUGAUGGGCCUUUACGGCAUGAUUGUUGUUGGACGUAGAAAGGUGUUGAAUUCGGAGAUUGACAGCCCGACGACGUUCCGUGGCUAUAAGCUGAUGAAGAAGGAAAGGGUAUCCUCGACAGCAUCCAUCUUUCACCUCAACCCUAUGUUUGGAAAAGACACCCAAAGCGCCAUCAAUAAUCUGGCAGCUCGGGGGUUAUCUAGCUUCGAGCUAAAGCAGCCACAAAUUCAAGUGGUCAGAGCAUAUACGCCUUUACCAGAGAACCAGCCCUCAGAUGAGACGGGUCUACGCUUCUUAGUACGGCACGAGCCCAAUGGUGAAGUCUCUAGCUGGUUGCACCGUUUGCCACUGAAUUCUCAGAUCGAAAUGAGAGGCCCGCAAGUCGAAGUCUCCAUAUCCGAAGGAACCCAGAGGAUGAUCUUCUUGGCUGGCGGCACUGGCAUCGCGCCAGCGUUGCAGGCCGCUUCCCUGCUUUUGCGCCCGCCAGGAUCUCCUGCCGCCCCGGAGGAGGGUCUCGCCAACGCCAAGACCAUUCACAUUCUGUGGGCGUGUCGCCGACGCGAGGACUGCGAGGGCGGCGUCAGCGACUUGAAGCCAGCAUCAUUGGCCGGCAGGCUGGGCUGGUUUGGCCCCAGCCGCACGCCCGGCAAGGUCAAUCAAGGCCUGAUAGUGCAGGAACUCGAGGCGUUCAAAACUCGCUUCCCGGGACAAGUCUCGGUCUCAUACUUUGUGGACGAAGAGUCCACCUUCAUCACUGAGGACAGCAUCCGAGAGACAUUUAAGCGCAUCACUCCUGCGCCCCUCUCAACUUCGGCCGCGUCAACGCCACAAACACCAUCCUCAACACCAGUAUCGUGGCCUCAAGAUCGCAACUCCUCAGCUCCACCGACCCAGGUCUUCGUUUCCGGUCCCGACGGCUUCGUCGGCGCGCUCGCCGGUCCCAAAGUAUGGGCAGGUGGAAGAGAAGAGCAGGGCCCGCUGCGAGGUAUUCUGGGCAAGCUUCUACUCCAUGACAAGAGCUUCAAAGAGCAAGUCGGUCAAGUGGGCGUGUACAAAAUAUGA